AUAACUUCACAGUAGGUGUGGUGUUGGUGCGCUAGUUUGAUUGGGCGCGUGUACGCAUUCUAUUCUUCCCGUGGAUAUUGCGUCAAGCGCGUCGGAAGGAUGCAAAUGUUGGCGGGAAGAAGCCCGGGCACGUUUUCGAUUUGUGCUUGCCUAUAAAUACGGAUGAAAUCCAGACAUCAUCACACAAGUCUUUAUUUAUUGGUGUUCAGUGAUAGACACAUCAUCAUGGCUCUGAAGAAUUUGUUGAUCGUGGCUUUGGCUACCGUCGCCUUGGCCGAUGACGACCUCCACGGUGCCGACUCCCAUUUGCGACACGCCCCUCAUGCCGCUCCUCUGAUCCAUCCUCAUGGAUCUCCGGCACCUUAUCACGAACCCAACCCCUACCACGCCCCCCAACCCCAUCACGCUCCUGAGUACAGUCCCUACCACGCUCAAGCCCACCCCGGACCUUACGCUCCCACAUACAACGCAUACGCCCCCGCUUACGGACAUCCCAGUCCAGCCCCCCAUGGUUUCCCCCAUGGCCACAAGGAGUCCUCUGUCCAUCGUAACCCGUAUGAGAGCCAUGAUGCCUAUGAUGCUAUUCGGACGCAGGAUGCUGACCUCGCGCCCCAUAAUCCGUACAACAAUCCCUACCUGGCCCCACAUGCCGCGCAGCACGCCCAAGGACAACACGGAUACACCCCUUACCAAUACGACAUGUCCAAGAUCCCAGAGUGCGCCUAUACCAACAAGCACUACUACAAUCUUACCUUCUGUCUCCAAGAUGACUAUUACCCAAGCGAGACCAUCCAAUAUGAAUUGGAGCGAAACAAGCAUCUGGUUGAGCGUUUGUUGAGCGAUAUCACUUACCAAUCAGCUGAUAACCUCGUUGAUGGACUCACCAAGGCUGAAGAAGAAGGUUAUACUUACGAGCAUUAUUAUGGAAACCAGAAACACCAACAAUACGGACCCGACUACAAGGGUUACUCUUACUCUCCUGAUUACUAUAAGUCUGGCGGUUAUGUCUGUCCCUCUGACAUUUUCUACGGACGCCCAAGAAGAGCCAUCAACACCUACGGCAAAUGGAAGGUCGUCGUGAACUUGCCCGAUGAGUACUACGCUAAGGGAUACGGAAAAGGAUACGAGAAGUACACCCAAACCCAACGUCUGGAGCAGUGCAUGUAUCCCACGGCCCCUUGCUCUUACAUUGACAAUAAGUACUACUCCCAAUGCUUGCAAAAGCACAACUUCGUCCGCCUCCUGGCUUACACCUAUGAGGAGGGACUCCACAUUGACUCUUUCAAGCUGCCCGUCUCCUGCUCUUGCCACAUUGGAGAUCAACACUACGGACAUGGCUAUGGUGGACACCCAGUCACCCCUGCUUAUGGUGGUUAUCAUGGAUAUCCCAGCCCUACUCCAACUCCCCAUUAUGGUUAAGUUUAGUUGCAAACUGGUUCUACUUCAAACAUCAUCAAGCCUUUGCCAGUAUUACCAAGACUACCCAAAACCCUACCAAACGAUUGUAAUUUAUACCUUAUCUAUGAAGACAUUAAAUCAACCCUCAGCAUACAA